AAAAUGUGAUUGACAGGCUCUUGUGUAGCUUUGUGCCGACGUAGUCAAGUCACGCCUGCACAAAGCUGAUAAAUAUUUUUUUUAAUCGGGGCAGGUUUACAAAUUCAUAUUGUCAGAGGAAGGAAUGUGGUUGUAUGUUUAUAAAACAGCCACGCAGCGGCAGCGCUGGUGAUAGCUUCGUGCUAACCAGAAACUAGCUAGCAAGGCUUCAGUGCAUGGCCACCAAGGGACCAGUGUUGACUCUCCCACUCAGACUCAUGAAAUGGGGAGUAAAAUUUCCUUCAGCAGAAGAAGAAGUGACCAGUACACAGUUUCUGAAUUAACCACCGUGACAUCGCACCCUUGUAGUUCCUUUCGCGCACCUACGGACUCCAAAGAGGCGCCGAGAGAUACAACAUGCAGUGAGGAGAGUGAGGAUUCUAAAUGGGGGGCGGAAAUGAAAGUGAAAAAUCUACGUCAACCUUUAUCCGCAUCCCAUUCAUCAGAGACUCGUAAUUCCGAAGGACCGGUGGAUACGAACUGGCAAAAAAAUGCAACCUCGCCGUUAGGCAUGGAUACAAAGGCUGAAAUGACACCUGCAAGUGUGUGCCACUCGACGGCAAACAAUAACGGAUUACCUUUGGCCGUUCGGAGGAAAGGUGGGCGUCCGAGAAAAACAAAACCCUCGAAGGUCGCGGACAAAGUGUGUACUACUUCUAACGACCCUGUAGCAGAGGAACAUGAAGAGAUUGGGACUGAAAUGCAAGUGCCGACCUGCUCCGAAAGCCACAACGCUGAGGCUGCACCUAACAAUGUCAAAACUCUCUUAAAUCCGUUGCUUCACAAUGAGACAGCUGGAACUUGUACAGUCUCCGAUCGCAAAGCAAAGGAUAAUCCCCCUUCGGGGUCUAAAACUAAACGAGGAAGACCGACAAAAAGGGAGAUUCCAGUGAUUGAAAACGUCGUUUCCGAGGCUCUCUUUGUUAAUGAGCCUGGAAGUCCGACACAAAAACCGAGAAGCAAAAGAAAACGGCACGUCUUAGCACUGGAGGAAAACAGCUGCUCUGACGUUUUGGGUUUCCCGAAAGAAACGGAGGGACCUGCUCCUCCUAACAGUUGCGCAAGACUUGAUGCUAGCGAGAAAUGUAACUCUCAUAUUGAUCACCAAAUCCCUGCUGAAGUUUUCAAACCAGAUGUUUCUCUGGAUGCUGUCUCUGUGGUAAGUGGUGACCCAGGCUCUGGGGAUGUACCAGAGAUUGGAGAACUGCAAGGUGGGGAUGGAAAGAGCGUGCAAACUGUUCCAGACAAACCCGCAAGACUACUGUCCCCGACGUCUGUCGAGAGUGAUACAGACAACCAGGUGGAAAGAGACGCGGACCAUGUACAGGUGGACAAUUGUGGAAACGGAGUUGACCCGUCACCUCGGUCUGUAGAAGGAGGGACAGUGGAGCGAAGCCACGGUGACCAUCAGGAGGCUCUUUCAGAAAGUUGCCUGUCGCCACAGUCUGUAGAACUGCAGCAACCAAAAAGAACUGAAGGUGUCUUGCCUGAGACUUCCGAGCAAGCUGAUCAACAAACUUUUGGAAACCCCGUUUAUUUCAGUAACUCCCCCGAAAUGCUCCCGGUAGAUGAGCAAAGUCAUCGGGAUUCAGAGUGUCCGCAGAAUGCCGUCGCUCCUCAGAUGCCGGCCCCAAGUGGCAACGAUGUGCCGGCGUCCCGUGAAGAGGCCCUUCAACCAGUUGCGGUCCCCUCUGUUGUCAAAGUCGAGAACGACGAGGACCCUUUGGAUCAUUUCGAUCCCUUGUCGAAGUCAGAUAAUCCAAUCUCUUCUCAACAGAUUGCGAAAAUCACCAACGGUUCUGAGGGUCAGUACAUCCAACAAACCGUUUUAAGGCGACGAAAAGGCCGCAUGAGACGAAGGAGGAUAACUAUUUUGUUGCGUCAAGAAGAUAAAGGUGAAACUCUUCAAACAGACUCUGGGGUUACAAAUGCGGAACACACACCAAAAGGGUCUAAAGCCCUGUUGAAAUGUGACAUCUGCAGCCGCACGUACAAAUUUAUGUCUCAGUUUGUCAUACAUCAGCGCGUUCAUACGGGGGAGCGACCCUUUCAAUGCCCUGAAUGCAAAAGAGGUUUCAGCAAGAAAUCCAACUUAAAUCUGCAUCUCAGGACUCACAUGAAGAGUCUCUUCAGUCGAGAAUGCACAUAUUGCAAAGUUUCAUUUUCGGACGACAAGUAUUCUAGCCACAUGAAGACACACGCCCAAGCGCAGGAACGAGAAGCUGUCUCGUUGAAUGCCGAGGAAAGCCCCGGAGAGACUCUUCAGAGACCUUCGGCCUCUGACAAGAGUGAAAGCAAAGUGUGCCAGUACUGCGGGAAGUCGUUCAGAUUUCAGUCCGCCCUCAUAAGACACGAGCGCAUCCACACCGGGGAGAAGCCUUACAAAUGUAAUAUUUGCGGAAAAGCCUUUGGCCAGUCGUAUUUCCUCCGUGUGCAUGAACUGACACAUUGGUCGGUAAAACGGUACAACUGCACAGGCUGUCAAAAAUCCUUCAGUCAUUAUAGUAACGCAAAAAAUCAUACGUGCAGACCUCCGGGAAGCAACUCCCAGACGCAGCCCGCCGAUCAGCUCGAAAAGCCUUCGUUGACCUACUCGUGCCACAUCUGCAAGAAUGUUUUGGACAGCCUGCAAAAGUUCAACAAGCACAUGCGAGACCACGUCGGUACGAAGCUGUACCGGUGUUUGUAUUGCGAUAAACUGUUUGGUCUGCUGUCCGAGUUCAACGCCCAUUGUAGCGCGUGCCAAGGGGAAAAAAACGGCUCCGGUCUCACCAUCAAGGAGGAAGAUAGAAUGUCCGUGGUAGAGUACACGGUCUCCUCGAACAGGUUUUCAUCGGAGCAGAAAUCAAACGCCUCCCCUGGAAAUCGCAGUCGUCAAACAUACAAAAGGCCACCAUCCCAGAUCACCUGCAAGAACUCGAAAUUGGUCAAAGCCUUCCAGCCCACAGUCGCGCCGACACCCCUUCCCUCGCAUUUUGUAUCCAAAUUGAACAAACUCGACAACCGAUCGGACCCCAGGAGUUACUUAUGCCCCAGCUGCGGUCGCCUGUUCCGACACGUUGGCAGACUCCGAGCCCACAUGCUCACCCACGCGCCGCACCAGCGGUACGCGUGCUCCCAUUGCGGGAAAACGCUUCAAAACUGGACCAAACUGUGGCGUCACCAAAGAGUCCACCGACAGCGUCGAGGCCGUUUCACCUGCGCCACCUGCGGGAAAGGGUUCCGUUUUGUCGAGUCGUACAAAAAACACAUGAGCGAGCACCCGUACUUCCGCUGGAUUCAGUCCAGGCCCAAGACGGUGUCCCUGCCUUACAAUUGCGAUCAGUGCACGUGUCGUUUUAAAACUCUUGAUUUGCUGUUCAGUCACCAGAUUUGCCAUUUCUCGGCACAGGUCACGCGCCAAGACUCUGUUUUUGAUCUUUCCAUGGACGAUCAUCCCACGCAGUCGAAUAGCACGUUAAGUACUGCCACAAACCACCAAUCGGCCUCGUCGUGUCACGAGCUGGGAAGCGACGCCCUCGUGUCGCGGGUCCCAAAACCCCCCCACAAUCAACUUCCGCAUCCGAGCGACUCCCCUGCACAGACGUUGAAUUUAUCCGAGCAAACGCAGGAUUUCGGUUCGAACAAGACCGCCCGAAGUCGUAUGCAAAAGAAAGCCCUCAGUUGCCGCAGAAAAGCGGAAAACGGAAAAGCGACGAAAACGCAAAAAGCAUCUUUGAGGACCGCAAGCGGUUAUUCAUCCCCAAAGAAAAGCGCCCCGCAGGGCCUCGUCUGUGCGAUGUGUGGGGAGGAAUAUUCUGCCGUUUCAGACCUUUAUCAACAUUAUUUGCGGCAUGCGCAAUGUCAAGUGUAAUCAAUCGUGUGUACAACGCAACAGUGUACACUGCAUAUCCACUCCGCGUCAUACUUUACAACUAGAAAAACAUUUUUUUUGCAUUACAGCACAUGGGAUGUAUAUAUUUUGUUUUAUGAUGUUCAAAGAUAAUGCGCCUCAAGAGUGCAGCCAUUUUUUAUGACUAAUUGUCAAAUUAAUGCAUUAAAAAGUAACUAACUUUUUUUUCACCUCA